AUGCAUAAACGUUAUGCGUUGAAAAUUAAGGCUGCUGGGCUGCAACUGGAACGAAAUUGUGAUAAUAUAAACCAAGGCAAUUUUAGAGCCAUUUUAAAAUACCGUGCUAAUGGUGAUGACUAUUUAAAAAGUAUUUUGCAAAAAGAAGGAAGAAAUGAAUUCAUUUGUCCCCAAAUUCAGAAUGAAAUAAUUUCAGUGUGUGGUGAUGUAAUUUUGAAAAAGAUUGUGAAUCAAGUCAAUGACUCAAAAUAUUUUUUUAAAUUUAUUUCUGUUCAAAGUUUGACAGGCAAAAAUUUAGCAGAUUCCAUACUGAAUGGAUUGAUGAGUUGUUGUGGGGUUGACUGCAAAUAUUUAUGUGGACAAGGUUAUGAUGGUGCAAGUAAUAUGGCAGGCCACAUGCAAGACGUUCAAUCCAUAUUAGAGCAAUGAGCAAUGUAUCCUAAAGAUUUGUACAUACAUUGUGCAGCUCAUUCUUUAAACUUGGCUAUCUCAACAGCUAGUAAAAUUAAACCUAUGAGAAAUUGUUUGGGAAUUAUAGAAAAGUUGUAUGUUUUUUUUAAUACAUCCAAACGUAACAAUGUUCUGCUGUCUUGUAUUGAAAAUAGUGAUACCGAUAUAAAAAUGAAAACUCUUAAACGUCUUUGUGCCACAAGAUGGGUACAAAGAUAUGAUUCGGUUCACGAUUUUGUUGAGCUAUUUGAGUUUGUCUUAGAAGCAUUAGAGACUAUUUUAGAGUGGAAUGGUUCAUCAGGUUCCACUACAAAUGCAAAUUUACUACUGAAAGCUAUGGAUUCUGAGUUUAUAGUGUCAGUUUAUGUUGUUAAGCAAUUACAAAAAGAAAGGAUUGAUUUAAAGAAAGCAGUUAGCCUGACAAAAUACAUUGUUUCAGAAUUGAAAUCUAUGAGAAGCCACUGUGAUAACGAGUUUAAAAAAAUAUUCCUAUAA